CACCAUGCGGACCGCGAGCGGAGCCUGCAGGUGUGCGCGGGAGUGCGCGGGUGUGUCCUCCGGGAGAACGAGACCCGGUGCGGGCCAACGCUUCGUCAGCGGAUUUCUAGAGGAGGCGAGAAGACUAACACGAAGGGAAUUGUUGGAAUUUUUUAUGGCAUAAACUUACUGCGGAACAUUCAGGAAGCAGAAAAAAAAAUGUUUGACUUGCAAUGAUUCUGGCCUGAGUUCCAGGAUGGUUUGUUCUUGGGAUCAGACAUGAAGAGUUGACCUCAAGAACACAGCCCCUUCUCCAGCUGCCAUGCUCCUCCGGAGGCUGCGGCGACUCUCCUGGGGCAGCACUGCUGUCCAGCUCUUCAUCCUAACAGUAGUGACAUUUGGCCUGCUGGCUCCCCUGGCCUGUCACCGACUUUUGCACUCUUACUUCUAUCUGCGCAAUUGGCAUCUGAACCAGAUGAGCCAAGAGUUUCUGCAGCAAAGCCUAAAGGAAGGGGAGGCUGCUCUCCACUACUUCGAGGAGCUGCCUUCUGCCAAUGGCUCAGUGCCCAUUGUCUGGCAGGCCACGCCCCGCCCCUGGCUGGUGAUCACCAUCAUCACUGUGGACAGGCAGCCUGGCUUCCACUACGUCUUACAGGUGGUGUCCCAGUUCCACCGGCUCCUGCAGCAGUGUGGCCCCCAGUGUGAGGGGCACCAGCUCUUCUUGUGCAACGUGGAGCGCAGUGUGAGCCAUUUUGAUGCCAAGCUGCUCUCCAAGUAUGUACCCGUGGCCAACCGCUACGAGGGAACCGAGGAUGAUUAUGGCGAUGACCCUUCCACCAACUCAUUUGAGAAAGAAAAGCAAGACUAUGUGUACUGCCUUGAAUCAUCACUGCAAACCUACAAUCCAGACUACGUCCUGAUGGUGGAAGAUGAUGCAGUUCCAGAAGAGCAGAUAUUCCCAGUCCUGGAGCACCUCCUGCGGGCUCGCUUCUCUGAGCCGCACCUCCGAGAUGCCCUGUAUCUUAAGCUUUAUCACCCUGAGAGGCUCCAGCACUACAUCAACCCCGAGCCUAUGAGGAUCCUGGAGUGGCUCGGCGUGGGCAUGCUGCUGGGGCCCUUGCUAACCUGGAUAUACAUGAGGUUUGCCAGCCGCCCAGGCUUUAGCUGGCCUGUCCUGCUCUUCUUCUCCCUGUACAGUAUGGGACUGGUGGAACUGGUGGGCCGGCACUAUUUCCUAGAACUGCGGCGCCUGAGUCCCUCCUUGUACAGCGUGGUUCCUGCCUCUCAGUGUUGCACCCCCGCGAUGCUCUUCCCCGCACCUGCAGCCCGCCGAACCCUCACCUACCUGUCCCAGGUGUAUUGCCACAAAGGAUUCGGGAAGGACAUGGCACUGUACUCACUCUUGAGGGCCAAAGGAGAGCGGGCCUAUGUGGUGGAGCCCAACCUGGUGAAGCACAUCGGGCUUUUCUCCAGCCUCCGGUACAACUUUCAUCCCAGUCUGCUCUAGAGUGUCAAGGGAUGCCUUUUGGAAAUUGAUCACUUCCUAGAGAUUCAGACACUGAGUUCCUUAUUUAGACAUGGUUGCUUGCAGCUAUUUCAUGGUUUAACGUUGCUAGGAAUAAAGGCACUGAGACAGCCGAGAAACGUGUAUUAAUCAGUAUUGGCUUUGGUAACCCCCAGCAGGGCCAGCGAUCUGCUGCAGGUCUGGACUUCUCUCCCGCCACACAGCCACACUGCCUCAUGCAGUCUGUCCCACCCAGCGGGGGUUCAUUUAACUACCAGUUAUGUUCUCCAGUUGUUUGUAAGCUCUGCUUUGUAAGGAGCUUGUGAUUCCCAAAAAUCUUGUGCACAGUGAUACAUGACUACUUAGGAUUUUAAUGGUAGGAUCUGGUGAAAGGUGAGAUCUUUUUGAAUGGAUUUUCUUCUAUUGGAUAUGAGAUGGAUAUAUAUUUAGAAUGUAAGCCCAGAGAGGCAGGACCAUGUUGGUAUAUUCCAUGUGUUUCCUUGACCUGGUGUAAUAAAAAUUGUUAAAAGCCAUGAA